AUGGCUGUUCACAGACCCUCUGCCUCUGAGAUAUACGGAGACGAGGGAAGGGAUGGCAGUGAAGAAGGCGGCCUAGAGAGCACCCCCUCAGUGGACAGGCCCAGAGAGCGCCCCCUCAGUGGACAGGCCCAGAGAGCGUCCCCUCAGUGUACGGGACCAGAGAGCGCCCACCCAGAGGAUGGGCCCAGAGAGUGCCCCCUCAUUGGGCAGGACCAGAGAGCUCCCCCUCAGUGGACAGGCCCAGAGAGCGCCCCCUCAGUGGACAGGCUCAGAGAGCGCCCCCUCAGUGGACAGGCCCAGAGAGCGCCUCCUCAGUGGAUAGGCCCAGAGAGCGCCUCCUCAUUGGAUAGGCCCAGAGAGCACCCCCUCAGUGGACAGGCCCAGAGAGCGCCCCCUCAGUGGACAGGCCCAGAGAGCGUCCCCUCAGUGUACGGGACCAGAGAGCGCCCACCCAGAGGAUGGGCCCAGAGAGUGCCCCCUCAUUGGGCAGGACCAGAGAGCGCCCCCUCAGUGGACAGGCCCAGAGAGCGCCCCCUCAGUGGACAGGCUCAGAGAGCGCCCCCUCAGUGGACAGGCCCAGAGAGCGCCUCCUCAGUGGAUAGGCCCAGAGAGCGCCUCCUCAUUGGAUAG